ACAUUGAACCGACCGGGACAUUAAUUCAUUUGGAGCAUAUCUCUUGCCUUUCAUUUCAUUACGUAUUUUCCAGUUGAGAGUGGUCGUUAUUCAUCAAUCGGUAGAAUUUUUUUGGCGUUCCAUUGCUUUUGACAGUUCGCCGAUCUAUUUACAAUAUGAUCAAUACGGGAAAACUUGCUGGUCGUACAGUUUUUAUUACCGGAGCAUCUCGAGGCAUUGGCAAGAGUAUUGCAUUAAAAGCUGCUAAAGAUGGAGCAAAUAUUGUUAUUGCAGCUAAGACUGCGGAACCGCAUCCAAAAUUGCCGGGCACGAUAUAUACUGCAGCCACAGAAAUCGAGCAGGCAGGUGGAAAAGCAUUGCCAUGCGUUGUAGAUGUAAGGGAUGAAGCACAAGUAGUUUCCGCAGUAGAGAAUGCUGUUAAUAAAUUCGGUGGUAUUGAUGUUGUUAUUAAUAAUGCAAGUGCAAUUUCUUUAACAGGCACAGCAGCCACAGAUAUGAAAAGAUACGAUCUUAUGAAUACCAUUAAUACCAGAGGAACAUUUCUCGUGUCUAAAGUCUGUUUACCCUAUUUAAAGAAAAGUCCAAAUCCUCAUAUAGUAAAUUUAAGCCCGCCGUUGAGUAUGAAACCGAUAUGGUUCAAAAAUCAUGUUGCUUAUACCAUAUCUAAAUAUGGCAUGUCGAUGUGUGCUCUUGGUAUGGCAGAGGAAUUUAAAGACGAUGGCAUCGCCGUCAACGCUGUUUGGCCAAAUACUGCUAUUCAUACCGCUGCAAUUGAAAUGUUGUCUGGCCCAUCCUCGAAGGAUUAUAGUCGUAAACCUGAAAUAAUGGCAGAUGCCGUCUAUGCUCUGAUCUGUAGAGACAGUAGAUCCACCACUGGACAAUUUUUUAUCGACGAAGAGAUAUUAAAAACCGAAGGAAUUACUGACUUUACCGAAUAUGCGUGUAAUCCAGCAAACAAGGACAAUUUGAUGCUUGACUUUUUCGUAGAAGAUAAUUUAGUACACCUCAACUUACAAGAUCAAUUGCAGAAUACACUUAUACAAAAAAAGAGCGAUAGUACGCAGGAUACCAAUAAGUCGAAUUUACAGAUUGAACAAAUAUUUACCGCCAUUGAAGCCAAUUUAAACGACGAACUCGUUAAUAAAACGGGAGCUAUAUAUCAAUUUGUUGUUAAUGACGACGAAGUUAGUACAUGGUAUUUGGAUCUUAAAAAUGGUAAAGGUUCAACAGGUAAAGGAGAACCAAAACAGCCACCAGAUGCUACGUUAACAAUGGAUUCUAAAAACUUUUAUGCGAUGUUUUCAGGAAAACUGAAACCAGCAUCAGCAUUCUUGAUGGGAAAGUUGAGAAUCCAAGGUAAUCUUCAAAAAGCGAUGAAGCUAGAAAAAUUGAUGCUUAAUUUGAAGUCUAAACUGUAAGAAUGUUCAUAUUUUGAAAAUGUUUAUACAACCAUUAUAAGUAAACGCGAGACAUAUUUUUAUAUAUUCUUGUAAUAUAUUUUAUAAAUAUUAAAAAAAAUUAACCAUUUAUUUAAAA